AUGAUGUCUGAUGCAUGGGGGCUACAGGCAAAAGAGUAUGCAGAAAAACUACAAAAGGGACCUCCUAAAGCAUCUGUGGACGCAAUUCUCCAAGCCGUAGACAGUUUAUUACCGUUUGAAAAGGCUAAAAGCAUCUUGGACAAUGGGUGCGGCACAGGAUUAGGAACACAGACUCUCAUAGACAAGUAUGGGCAUCAACUGCCUGAUUUGAUACAUUUAGUGGCCGCCGAUCUCAGUCCUGGGAUGAUAGAGUCCGUUCGAAUGACAAAAGCUGCCCAUAAAGGAAAUAGGUUCUGGGACCGGCUAGAACUCCAAGUUUGCAGCGUGGACAACAUGAGCAAAACACAGAACUCUUGUUUCAGUCAUAUCAUAGCUUCGCUUGUGUUCUUCUUUGCCAAGCCGGAGGCUACAUUCAGCGAAGCUUAUCGCAUCCUGCAGCCAGGAGGUGUGAUUGGGUUUACAUCUUUUCGCGAGAACCAAUGGAUGGAUUUGCGCAAUGUCGCUAAGAAAAUCAAUCCAGGAUUGGAGCCAGCACCCUUACCUGCUGAAUGGGCGUCUGAAGAAUGGAUCAAGAGACAACUUGAGAAAGCAAAUUUUAUUGAUAUAAAGAUCGAGCCUAUGGAAGUUUACGUCGAGCUAGAUGAUUCUCUUCCACUCGCAACUCUUUUGGUCCGUUCUGGGAUACCUGAAAUGUCUGCCGUCUUCCAAUCGCUUACAGAUGAGGAAAAAGACCGAGCAGUUCAAUUAAUCGUCGAAGAACUAGCUGAAAGAUAUCCAAAAAGGCCUGCCAAGAUACCAGGUAUCCUUCUUGUGUCUAGUGCUAGGAAACAGCUUUAG